GGUCUCAACUGUAGAGGGUUCAAGUCGGCAGCUGACAGUAUUUCAGAUUUGUUCAAAGAAGCAGACAUACUUUCUGUGCAAGAACAUUGGCUUCUACCUACAGAGCUGGGUAAUUUAGCUUCUACUAAUGAAGAUGCUCUUUAUUCUGCUGUGUCCUAUGGAGAUGGAUAAAAUUGUAUUGGGAAGGCCAUUUGGCGGGGUUGCAAUAUUGUGGCAUAAACGUUUUUAUCUGUCUGUUUCUACUAUUCAAACUGCUUCGGACAGAAUGUCUGCAAUCCGGAUUACUACAGAUCUAGGAACUAUACUUAUUAUUCUGUGUACAUGCCAGUUGACUAUGGUAACGAGCAAUCAGUAGAGGAUUACAUCACUGAAAUUGGCUUUUUUGGGAGGUCUUUCUUUUUUAGAGUCAAAUGAGUAUGAUAAUGUUAUGAUAUUGGGAGACUUGAAUGAGUCUAAGACACGAGUUAAAGAAUACAUAAAAAAGACACGAGUCGUUUUUCAAGACGACUGGCUACAUUUAUGUCGGAGUUCAACCUGACAGCUAUUGGCAUGGAUGAUAUUAAAGCGAAUACUAAGAAUACAUGGCAUAGUUCAGAUUUCCAGACUCAAUCAUGGAUUGACUACAUCAUAGUUUCUGCUGGUUUGACAAAAAUGAUUAUAGAUUUUGAGAUAAGGGAGGACGGUGGCUAUUUAUCUGAUCAUUGGCCUAUUGUCAUGUCAACGAGUGUGGAAGUAGAUGGUGAGAUUUCAAUACCAAAGAACAAGUCUGUUGGUAAAAAUUGUUGUGGAAACAAACCGCAAUGGACAGUUUGGAGAGGUAUAAACACUGUGUAGAACUGGAACUAAGUAAAAUAUCUAUGCCAGUAGAAGCUGCUGUGUGUAAUGAGCCUGAGUCUUGUGGUCAUCAUCACGAUAUUCAAGAAUAUCUUGAUGCCAUAUGUGGAGCUUUGCUGAGAUCUGGUAAAUUAUGUUUACGGAAAGGCUCAAGUAGAGGAACGAGUAAAUUGGGUUGGAAUGAUGAUCCCAAGAAAUCAAAGCGGCAAGCUAGAAAUGACUUUCUAAAUGGAAAUGUGCUGGUAAGCCUAGAGAUGGUGAAUUAUACAAAGCAAUGCAGAAUUCUAGAAUGAUCAUGAAAGGUAAUUUAAAGAAUAGAAAACGGAAGGAACAAGAAUGUUGGUGGGAAAGUUUGGCCACAGACUUAGAUAGUGAUACUGAUACGUUUUGGAAGAAAGUACGAGGAAGAAAGUACGAAACGCAGCCUUGUAUACAAAAUGGUAUGUCUGACAGUGAAAUGAUGGAGUGCUUGAGGACGCAAUUUAGCCAAAUUAUCAACAGUCAAUCACACGAUUCUAUAGAUAGAGAGCGUCAAAUAUUUGAGACAAAUCUGAAACAUCGAAUACAAACAUCAAAACUACCAUGGUGGUGUGUUGAGAUACAUCCCAAAGAGGUCGAAAAAGUAUUUCAUCAACUGAAAGUAAGAAAAUCUGCUGGACCUGAUGAAGUAGAGUCCGAACACCUUAGGUAUGGUGGCUUUGAAUUAGCUAUCCACAUGAGUACAGCCUUUACUGCUUGCUUAAGACAUUCUGUAGUCCCAACUCAAUUUUUGGAGUCUUAUGUUGUUCCAGUCAUUAAAGAUAAACAUGGUGAUGGCAGUGAUCCAGACAACAGAAUUCGCCGUUUGUCUUAUGAUUGAGAGAACAAGUGUGCGGGCGUACCAUUGACUCGAGUAAGCCCAAAGACAGCCACGGAUGUGAAGUGCUAGGCUCUUGUGCGCGUACACCAUUCAGUAAACUACGCAUGCGUGGUUGUCUAACAUGUCAGCGGGGCAGCCAAGAUAUCUAGACAGCAGUAACCAGAGCGUAUUAUAUAUAAAGAGACGGCUGUGAAAGUAUAAGUAGGGGCUCUGAAAGCAACCCCAUGUAUGGAACAGGUAGACUGGUAUUAGAGGAAGGUGAAUCAGCACCACACACGAGUCUGGGAGGUCGAGGCUUACAGAAGUAGCAUUGGGUCAAGCUUAGCUAGUUAGCUAAACGAGCUACCUAGCUAAUAUCUAGUCUAGGACAACCGGGGCAGUCGUCUCAAGACACAGUCGACCAUUUCUAGGCACUCGUAAUAGUAUCGCACAUUUGCGCUCCGUCGUUCGGAUUGAAUUGUCCGUCACGGUAACAGCCACUGCUGAUGCGGCAACCGCACGUAGUCUGCGAUGUGACGCAACCAAACGCAACACCGCAACUGCCGUCGCCAUUGCACCUCUGGCACUAGGUAGAUAAGAGGCAUCUGUCUGGUUUGCCGAAGCAACAUCCGUACUGACAGCGCUCAUUAGAUGUGCAACUGUUGCCGUCGUCGCAUGUUUCUACGGAUAGCCUUUCCAACCAAUAUCUUGAAUAGCUCAUUUGGCAUUGCUAACCAGAAAAAUUAAUUAAUAUAAAAUAAAUAAAUAAAAUUAAAAAUUUUAGAAAAAUAAAAAAUUGAAAUAAAAAUAAAAAUACUAAUAAAAAUUGCAAUAGAAAAAUAGAUAUAAGAAAAUUAAACUAAAAAUAUAAAUUACAAAAACCAAAUUAAAAUUAAAUGUAAAUAGAAAUAAAAACUUAAAGUAAAAUAAGCAAAUGUAUAUAAUAUUAUAAUAUAAUAUAAAUAAACACUAAAAUAAAAUAAAAAUUAUAAAAUACUGAAAACUUA